AUGGCUGUACCUUUAUUUGUUUUGGGAAACGAGCACAAUCGACGUUAUCCUCAAAGAAAGUUGCUCGAGAACUUAUCAGAGUUUGAAAUAAGAAAACACACUGGACUACCUUGGUGGGGAGUACGAGAACUUUUACAGUGGUUAGAACCGUUGGUGGAACCUAAAGGAUUUACAAAUCACGCUCUGACUGCAGAAUCAAAAGUAUUGACCGCCUUAGGAUUCUUCCGAUCUGGGGGUUUUCAGUGGCUGAUGGGGUCAAACGGUGGGUUAUCUCAAUCAACAACGUCGAGAAUAAUUGAACAAGUAAGCAAGGCACUCGUGAGGGAGUCGCCAAAAAUUAUAUCGUUCCCCAACGCAGCUGAGCAGACGCGAAUUUCCACAGCCAUCCAUGUCAAAAGUCAGUUUGCUAAUAUAAUUGGAAUUAUUGAUGGAUCUCACGUGAAUCUAAUUUCUCCAAGCCAAGAUGAACGAUCAUUCGUUAACAGAAAGCAAAACCACUCUAUCAAUGUUCAAUUAAUUUGUGAUGAUAAAUUCCGAUUCAUUGACGCUGUAGCAAGGAACCCUGGUGGCGCUCAUGACUCUUUUGUAUUUCGCAAUUCGCACAUUUAUCACCGGUUUCUCACUGGCGAAUUUGGGAAUGGAAAAUUAAUGGGUGACUCGGGAUACUUUCGGUCCCCCUUUAUGGAGGUUCCUUACGCCAGACGUGUCAUCACCCCAUUACAACGUGAUUAUAAUAAACGGUUGACCUCUGCUCGAUGUGCCAUUGAAUGUACAAUCGGACGAUGGAAGAGAGCGGAGGAGAACUUUGUUAUGCGCCAAGAAAAGUUUGCCAAUUAA